GCCAUAUUUCCGGCUUUCGCCCCGGGGGAAGGGGGAGUUUACGGGAAGCACCUGAACGUAGCACAACAUUACAGCACUCCAGCGGUGAGAAGAAACAAGAUGCAGACCAUAAAGUGUGUGGUGGUGGGUGAUGGUGCGGUGGGAAAGACUUGCCUGCUUAUCUCCUACACCACCAACAAGUUUCCCUCUGAAUACGUCCCAACGGUUUUUGAUAACUAUGCAGUGACAGUGAUGAUCGGCGGCGAGCCGUACACUCUGGGACUGUUUGACACUGCAGGUCAGGAGGACUACGACAGGCUGCGACCCCUCAGCUACCCUCAGACCGACGUCUUCCUCGUCUGUUUCUCCGUAGUAUCGCCUUCCUCUUUUGAGAAUGUCAGAGAGAAGUGGGUGCCGGAGAUCUCCCACCACUGCCCGCGGACGCCCUUCCUGCUGGUCGGGACUCAGGUGGAUCUGAGAGACGACAGUAACACUCUGGAGAAACUGGCCAAGAACAAACAGCGAGCCCUGAGCUGUGAGAGCGGGGAGAAACUGGCCCGAGAGCUGAAGGCCGUCAAAUACGUGGAGUGUUCAGCUCUCACACAGAGGGGUCUGAAGAACGUGUUUGACGAGGCCAUCCUGGCAGCUCUGGAGCCUCCAGACAACAAACCCAAGAAGCGCUGCGUCCUGCUAUAGACGCCACAACAGGAGGACGAGGAGGAGGAGGUGGAGGUAGACGGAGAUGAACCUAGAUGGGAACGGAGGGAGGCAGUACGGAGAGGAGGGGGAGGGUGUGGGAGUGGACGAGGUCAUUUGUAAACAGUGCCUUCAGCCGUAGUGACUUACUAUGGGGUGUGGUGUUGGAAGAGGCUUUCUUCUCAUCAUAGAUACGUGUCCAUUAUAAUAUGACUAACACAUGUGGACUCCUCACUAACCAGGAAACAGGUUUCAAUAAUAGGAGGAGAGGGUUGCACGCCUUAAAGAUACAAACAGUGUCACGGUUACAGCUCCAACUGGUAACCACCAACUGAAAAUGAUGACGUUUAUCAAAAGAUAUUUACCCAAGUCACACAUUGUAAAGUUUAAGAUGUCUUUGGUCAGUACACGCCGUUGUAGAUUGCGCUCGCUCUUACAUUUAUGGAGAUUUUUGGUUAAGUUUGGCUCGCAUAAUUCCUUUGAAAUUGAGCUGACGGUAUAAUAAUGAUCCUUUUCAUUAUAUCAUGUCUUUCUUUGGUCUAAAGCGGGUUGCAUUUGCACCAAAGAAAUAGUAGUAAAAAACAACGAGGCAUUAAUGAUAUUUGUUACCAGUCUGAUUAAAACUAUUAGAAGAGGAGAACAUGGAUCAGAAAUAAACACUUUCUACAAACAAGUUAUGUUGUUUAUUGAAGGAGAUAUAAAAACCCAGUUUGUGAGCAUCGUUCCCUGCAGCUGCCGUCGUAUUUAGUGGUUUAUUUUGAGUGGCCACGGUAACCUGACUUCAUCCACAAAGAGAUUCAGAUUGGCUAAUUAGAGUUUCUGUAGAGCUUCACUGACUUCGGCUUUGCAGUAUAAAAGACGAUGUAUACACACACACACACACACACACACACACACACACCCACACACACACACACACACACACACACACAGCAGUUAAUGAUGCACACCUGCAAUAAUCCAACAACAGGAGCGAUGAUCGAACUUGCACGUCCUUCAGAAAAACUAGAUUUAGAAAAACAAAUCAAAUCUUUCAGUUGGAACAUGAGUAGGUUGGUUGGUAGGUUUCAUGAGACACAUUUCAAGGCACAGGGUGGUCACCUGACAGAAAUAUGUUAGUGUUCAGCAAACAUUGCCUUUUCUCUCCUGCCGCCUCACUGUGGACAUCCUCACACUCCACUGUCACAGGGGAGUCAUUAUGUUUGGCUGUAACUCUUUAAAACUGCAUACCACCUGAUAUAAAGUAUUUAAGGUGUUACAUAUAGACCCCAUCCCAAAUAAACCAAAACUACAUCCAAUUUUAGAGACAAUAGCAUGCUUAAUGCAAAAGAAACAGAAGAGUGUCGGCCUCUGUCUGUUGUGACACGUCGAUGAUGUAGAUGAGUGAAACUCCAGAUAUAAGUCCAUGAAACAUUUGCCAAACAGCCAUCUCCAUUAGAGUCCUAUCAAGACAUCAUCUAAUACAAAUGUUGCACACAAAAAAGAAGGCCUUAAUUUAACUGCAGCACCAAUGCCAGAAUGCACCUCAUUUAUUCAAUUGUGUGUGUGUGUGUGUGUGUGUGUGUGUGUGUGUGUGUGUGUGUGUGUAUAUUGAAACUUUGAGUAGUAAUGCCUUAACAUUUGUAAUUUCGUUCUCAAAAACAUUUCUGCCUUAUUGCUUAGGAUCCUAAUAAGUCAUAUUUUCCCAGCUUUGGGACCAUUUGUUGUCUUUGCAAAUCUAGUAACACCAACCAGCCCUUCUUCUUUAGCAGGCUAUUUGACAUUUCAUUUGUGACAAAGACAACACAUUAAACAGCAGUGUUUCCCACAGAAUUUGAUUCUAUUUGUGGGGGCACCGCACCCCCCGGCAAGAAAAGCCAAAGGUCCCUUAACCUAUUCGGGUGGCCCACGCCGCCACCCCCCCUCAAAUAAGAAAAUACAUGCGAGUUCAUGGCUACUGUAGACAACGUUCUUGUUGCUCUGUGUUGCGUUGUUAAUGAGUGAGACACACCGGAGUUGAGGAUCUGUGGGGAUUAUUCUCCCAACAAUAUAAUUUACAAUGUAGGCAUUUAGCAGACGCCUUAUUCCAAAGCGACUUACAAUGACCAACUACAGGGACAUUCUCCCUGGAGUAGCUGAGGGCUAGGUGCCUUACUCAAGGGCACACUAGUGGUGGUGUUCCAUGCGGGAUUUGAACUCGCAACCUUCCGAUCAUCAGCCCACCAAAAAUAUAUAUGUAUGGGAAACACUGAACAGUAACCUAACCUGUUGAUGAACUGGUUAAUGGAAUCCUAACUCGCCUUGUGCUGUGGAUAGUAGAUGUGACUAAUGAGCAAAACAUUUAACUCGUGACCUCCUCGUAUUGUUCGCUCCUGCUUCGCUCUCCUCGUUCGUUUGGCGUGUUAGCACCUCCUAGAGGCCUUAAAGGGGAAUACUGCUCAGUUUAAAGGUUUGUGUUGUUUCUUUGGGCAUCAAGAAAUCUCCACUGGAGCCUAAAAUAUAAUAAUUUAGACUUAAACUUAUAUUAUCAUCAGAUAUACCAUCAGCCAUCUUUAAGCAGGCAAACUGUUUGGAGUUAAACUGUUUAGGCGUUUUUGCCUGAAUCACCUUUGUGUUAUGAAGCUAAACUAUAAGUACUAAACGAUAAGAGUUAAUUAGCUAAGGAUCUGGAAUAACCGAUGUUAUGUCGUGUUUUGAUAUAGUUUUUUAAGCUCUUCAAUACUGAUUAACCACGGCCAAAUAAUAACCAAAAUCUUUAAACUGAGAAGAUUUCCUUGUAAAAAAUUAACUAUAAUUCCACUUUGCUUAUAUUUUUUCCACUAUUUUGGAGAUGACAGUUUAUUCUGAUAAUGUAUGGAUGAUUACAAGUAUUAUAUAUAUAAUUUUCUUUGCUCCUUAUUGUUUCUUGGGGAACAUUAUUUUAGCUGUUUUUUGGACAUUUGAGGUUUUUAUUUCUUUUCUCUUUAGAUAUUUUUACUUGACGGUUGAGUGCCAACAGUUUGAGUGAGUAUCACCAACUAAACAACUCUCAUGAUAAGCUUCUAGUGGCAGGACAAAACAGCUGAAGCAAUAUUUACAGAUAAGUGCUCUGUAUAAAAAGAUGAAUGUUAGAAGUGGUGGGUGUUUGGAAAUAAUAAAAACAGUACUUGAUUGUU